UCUGUACAGUUAUGUGGACAAGAUAUCCUAGGAUUGUCAAGAGCUUUUGCAUUUAAGUUGGCCUUCGAUUUUCCACAGACUUCAUCACAACCGUGGGGCAUUGUGGAAACUCCAGGUCGAUACUCUGGCCUAGAGACCUUACCACAAAAGCAUCGAUAAGUGAGAGGAUUGGUCGAUGCAGUAUGAACUUUCUGGCAAUGUGGACACUUCCAAGCUAGGCAAGUGGCCUGAUCACUGUCCUUGUUCAGCAAGCCCGCAUUGGCCCAUUUUAUCAUGCAAGUUAAAUGGAAGGAUCCAUAGCAUUUAUCACAAGACCAAAUUGCAUCUCGGGGUUUGACUUUAAGAAAACAAAUAGAGCAUUCAUACGUUCCACGUAAAAACUGCUCCAUAUUUGCCUCUCUUAAACUUAAAUUCUUUAGAGAAUCUUCAAGAACCGAAACGCUUGCCACUUCGGAUACAGUUAAAGACGAGCUUGCUUGUGAAGAAGUAACGUCAAUACGAGACCCCUCUUCUGUUUGA